AUGCAAACUUGGAUGGGGAGGAAUGUAUCAGCUUUUCUCGGUAUUCCAUAUGCUGCACCACCGAUCAAUGGCAACAGGUUUUUGCCUCCUCAACCUCCUGCACAAUGGAGUGGAAUACGAAAUGCUGGAAGUAUGGGUUCCAUUUGUAUCCAAUAUACAGGCGCUUCUGGUUCUGAAGUAGUUGGAAAUGAAGAUUGUCUUUAUUUGAACGUCUAUACCCCUAUUUUGCCAGCGAAUGGUAGAAAUGUAUCUUUGCCUGUCCUGGUAUACAUACAUCCAGGAGCAUUCAUGAUAGGAACUGGAAAUGUUUUCGGACCAAGAUAUCUGUUGGAUUACAACUUAGUCCUCGUAACUUUCAACUACCGACUUGGCAUCCUUGGUUACUUGACCACUGAAGAUUCCGUUGUUCCUGGUAACAUGGGGCUCAAAGACCAAGUAGCUUUGCUGCGUUGGGUUCAACAAAAUAUACAAAGCUUUGGAGGAAACCCUCAAGAAGUAACUAUUGCGGGAGCAUCUUCCGGGGCAGAUAGUGUUCAGCUUCAUUAUUUAUCAAGAAUGUCUCGAGGUCUUUUCAAAAGAGGAAUCUGCCUGAGUGGAAGUUCCCUUAUUCCCAUAGGAAUGAUGAGAGCACCUAUCUAUAAAAAUACAAGAGUUGCACAGGCUUUGAAUUGUUCAUACUCGUCAAGUAGAACUCUUGUGAACUGCUUUCGACGAAUUCCAGCGGCUCAACUUGUACUUCAAGAGGGAAUGUUCCAAUAUUUUUAUUACACUCCUGUUCAAAUAUUUGGGCCUACGGUAGAGAGAGAAGGAUCGCAACCAUUUAUCACUCGACUUCCAUACGAAAUAUUGAGAACUGGUGAUAUCCAAGAUGCUCCAAUUCUUUUCAGUUCUGUUACACAAGAAGGCCUUGUUCCAGUUGCUUUUUUUAUUACAAAUACGACUGGCCUAAGUUAUCUGAGUGAAAACUGGCUUGAAGUUUUUCCUUAUCUUCUGGAGUAUAUUUACACUGUGACCUCCGAAAACAGGAACGCAACUACCACCAAGAUUUAUCAAUACUACUUUGGCAGCCAAUCUAUAUCUCUUGCUACUAAUCAAACAUUGAUACAGAUGGUUGGAGAUAGAGAUUUUGUGGAUGACAUCGAAACUGCAGCACGUAUUCAAGCAUUUGUACAAUCAUCUCCUGUAUAUUUUUAUCGGUUCUCAUAUAGGGGACAAUACAGUGUAACUGAUUUCAUUACUGGUACCAACAUAAAUUUUGGAGUCGCUCAUACUGAUGACACCUUAUAUCUGUCUAAUAAUCCUAAUUUCCCACCAUCGGAAAAUACUCCGAGCGAUAGAGCGAUGAUAACUAUCAUGUCUGGUCUUUGGGCAAGUUUUGUCACACAAGGAAUACCUAGAGCAGGGGAGUACACCAACUGGCAACCAAUCAACAGAAAAAGUGCUAUGACAGGUCCUCUCAACUACUUGAUGAUAGCUUCUCCAUCUUCAAUUUCUUUGAACCAAACUUUGGCUUUUGGUCAUCCUCAAUUUUGGGACAAUCUUCCUUUAAAUGAGCCCGGAAGCGGCCGUCCUACCUAUUCCCUUCGAAAAUGAAUCAUUCAAGAAAUUUUAUAAAUCCACAUUUGAACUGUAAUCUUUACUAUAUCCAAGCAUUAAAAAAAAUUAACCAGGAUAAUUAAGUUCCUGUCAUCUUUUUCUGUAUAUUAUAUAAUUAGGAUAUUUUUAUUUUUGGUUAAAAUAGUAUUCUUCCAUUAAAUAAAAGUGUUUUAAUAUUUCGA